UUAAUAAAUCAUUGGCCUUAAUAGGGUGAGUUCCUUGUUUGAAAAUGUAUAAGAAGAUAUGUUUAAGAGCACCAACUUGAUAGUAAAAAGUCGAUAAAAAUUGAGUCCUUGUGAAAUCUCAGUAUGAAGCAGAAAAGGAUUUUUUUUUGUCUAAAUGUUCAAUAUUUUGCAACUUGAUACCAAGCAGGACACAAAUCCAUAUGGUGCAGGAUCUGAAACAUGAAGGCUGGAUUGUCAUUCACUAGCAGAGAGACAAAUGCAUGAGUAGACUGGUAGCUUAUUACUGAUUUAAAAACUGUAGAAUUGGCAAGGGUCUUAUUGACAUACAGGGUUCAAUGGGCAGGAAACAUGCCUACUUUUUGUCAGAUGUGAAUGCAGCAUAAUAAAAAGGCUUAAAUAACAAAAUUCCCCUCUCUUACUGACAUCAGUGAACGGAGAGAGGUAAUGAGCAUGACAACUGCCACCCUCAGAUGGAUUGCGAUCCAUUAGUGAGCACAUAGCCUCACAAAGCUACACCGCGCAGCAUGCCCAAUUCUGAAGAGUGCUACUACCAGCUGCUAGAUGAUUUUACAAGAUGCACAGCAACAUGAGCCAGUCUUAACUGAUCUCUGAAAUGGGCCUUCAGAGCUGCUGAUGCCGCCUGGAAAUGUUUGUAAAAAUUUCCUUUUAAGAAUAAUUUGACAUAUGGGGAAUUCAUUUUACUAUUCACACGAGAAAGCUGGUCUGCUUAUUUCCCUGUAUUUAUGACAUACCAGUCACCUUCAAACAGAGCACUGUGAUGUCACACUGAGCAAGCGUCUGGAGGUGGCCAAUCAGCACCAGAGGCAGUUGAACUAAGAAAUCAAAGAUCCUGUUUCAUCAAAAGCCAAUACUUCAAUAGGAUGUUUUUCAAAGUUUUCCAGAAGGCACCAGUGGAUGUUUAAGAAGACAGUGAAGACUUUGAUGACCACUUGAGUGCUGUCCCAUGUGUCAGGUAUGUCAGCAGGAAGUUUUUGACUUUCCAAGAAGUGAGUCAGGGAUGCCAAUCCUUUUUGCAUUAUUAUUUUCAUAUAUUUACUGAGCACCAUGUGUGCCUGAUACUAUACAAAACCACAGAGGCAAUUCCUGCCCAAAGGAGAUCACAAAUAAAAUCUUUGCAUCAGCAUUACGAAUAGCGUACCCCUCUGCUAACCAUUAUCUCAACAUACUUUCUAAUAUACAGCUGUUGUAUCAUGGUAUUCAACACAAAGCCCUGCACUUCUUAUUGUACUCAAAGUGUUUGACUCCAAAGUAUGGUGCUAUCAAGAAGGGCAUGGAUACAGAAAGAACAAUAUCGCUACAGAGCAUUCAAAUCUUUCACCUGAAUAUUUAACCCCUGCUGGUAACAGGAUUCCCAACUAUUUGCAUAAAGGGAUGGUGGUGGGUUAGGACCCAAUUCUUACAUGGUGCCAAGAGCCCUUAAUUUUAGUGGAGUUAAGAGCAUUUAGUAUUUCAGAGGAGACACUCCAAAACAGUGCAGAAUUGGGCCCUUAAACUUUUAAUCCCAGAAUAAGACAAUUAAGGAAUGUAUUGUGCUCUGCAGUGUUUAUAUAACGUGCAACAACUGUAUUUCUAAUCCUCUCAUUUUCUGAAAUCCACCUAGUUAUUUGCACCACGUUUUUGUUUUGUUUUUGGUAAUGUAAUGCUUUGCUUAGGUGAUCAUCUGAAGUUGUAUUAAAUUUCAGGAGGAAAAAAAUGAGAAGGAAAUUAGUUGUAAAGCAAUAUGGCUGGGAUGUGUGUGUUUGUACACGUGCUUCUUUCACUCACGUUUAUUACUCUUAGCCUCCAUAAAGGCAACUUUAUGAAAUCAAGCUAUCCUCUAGCAGUCAGUUAUAAAAUUACCCACAGUAACCACUCCCGCCUCUCAACUCAUUUGCUGCUACUUUGCCAUAACACUUGUGACUGGUGAAGCAGAUUGAUGGAUGUUCCAUUUUACAAAGUCAUGAUGACCUGGCCCAAGUUGGAAUAAGGCAAAAACACUUAGUCUGAUGAACAUGCCAGAGAUCUCAAAAGAGCUGCUUUUGAAGGUGUAAAUGAAACUGAUAUGCCAUAAUGAGAAACAGAACAGAGAGAUGUGACAUCACAUGGCUUCAUCUUCACAGUCAAAGUUGAGGGUGGGUUGAGAUGAACCAGGUAUUUAUUUUUAAUUGUAGACUAAGAUAACCAGAUAAAGACAUGAGGAAAUCUAGAUUAAUGCAAACAUAACAUGUUUUUUCUUACGUAUUUCAUACACGUCAGGAAUGGCAAAUGCAGAGCAAAAGCUAAAAUACGUACACUAUAAUGGGAAGGCUAGAAAGGACAUGGUUUAUGGAAAUAUAACAUGAUCUGAUUCCAGAGAGUGCUUAUUUGUUUCUCUUCUACUCUGCCAAAAUUAACAGCUACAGAGUUGUUCUUAAAAAUAGUUGUGUUAUAACUUUAGCAGGCUGAAACUGAUCUUCUUAAACAACAUUGGAAGGAGGACGUUUUCAAGUUCUCUGUAUUGCAACUAUAGAUACUUUAGCACUUAUGUUGUGGUAGACGUAUACAUAGUAUAGCGCAAUAGGAAAUGUUUGCCGGUAUGUGAAAUCCUAUUGUCUGAGCUAUUGUGCUUUCUCUUUUUUGUAAAAAGCAAAAUAACAAAACCUGUGUGAAAGAAGGAAUGAUGGAACUAAGGGUUUGUUUAUACUGUAUUCGCAAGUGUGAGGGAAAGGAUUGGGCCACACAGCCCUCUGGGAGGGGCUUCAAUCCCAAAUCAAUAUCUAGCUAAUAGAGGGCACCAUAUUACCCAGAGUAACCAGUCAAAAGAAAUGUCAGGAGGCAGAGGGGAUCAGGCUCAGGAAAGAUCCUGUGUGUGCAGCAGGUUGAAGGCAGCAACCUGAAAGCUGGCUGCAGAAAGGAUCCAUGCCAACACCUCACUGGUAUCACCAAUUGAGAUACCUUGGUUUAGUGAUUACAUCAUCAGACCCCUUAGUGCUGCAAGGCCCAGUAAUUCCAUAUUUGAAUGCUUUUGUCAGACAACAAUAUGACUCUGCAUCCUGAAUAAAUUUUUUUAAAUAUUAUGGAAAUGUUAAUUAACCAAAACAAACAAACAAAAAACCUCUGACAUUUUAGGAACAGGAAAAGGACAUCAACUAAACCAAUUUGCUUCAUCCAGUUCCGGAUGGCAGAUUCUAUUUUCCUAGUCAAUCCCCUUUCAUUCCUUGGUCCUCCUACUGAGAUGGUCAACAAAAGGGCUAAUUAAAUGUCAGUUGUGGUGGUGGUCUGUGUAAUAUGGACAACUGUCUUCUAGGAAGUGGAGUAAAGUCUCUUAAUUUAGAUCUCCGAAAUCUUAUGCUCAAAUAAAUUUGUUAGUCUCUAAGGUGCCACAAGUACUCCCGUUCUUUUUGCGGAUACAGACUAACAUGCUGCUACUCUGAAACCAAUCAGAUGAUUGUAAAUUUCAACCUGUUUGCAAUGCCCCAGGUUUGAAAGGAAGCUAUUAUAUUACAUAACAUUUUGAGAGACCGGACUGUGGUGCCUUAAUUAAUCUGGGUCCAGUUAGAUCCAAAAACUAAGCUAUACAUGCCUUUCUUCUUGCCCUCAAACACAGUGAUGAGAAUUGUCAAAAUGGCAGACGCAUCAAAUUCUCAUCAUCCUGUCACAAACACACAAAUCCAAAACCUUAUCAAAGAGUUGCCCUUUCACAGCUUUCACCAUUGCAUCCGGAUGAUGACAUGCAAGAACAGUGGUGUGAGAACACCCUUUUCUCAGUAAGGUUACUCAGGCUGUGGUCAGAAUUUUUCUUCACUGUGGCUUUAAAACAAAAAUUCUGCAAGAUGAGAUAAAACAAAAUUGCAGGACUGAACAAAAGGGGCCACUGAGCUCUCACAAAACCUUUGAUUACUUGUGUUCAGUUUCAGUUUUAAUUCUUCUCUCUCUGUUGUGUUGUCAAAAUUGGUGUAUAAAAAUUUCAUUAAGGUUCUUUUUUAUAAGAGAUUUUUUUCUUUCAAAAUUUUCAAUCUUUCUCUUCCCAGAGCAUUGUAAAAUAAUUGCUAUUUAGCAUUAAUUCCCUGCAUUUGUGUGCCUUUAACAAGCUUCCCGCACAGCGCUUCACUUGGUACAGCUAAUUUCACAUGAGAUGCUUAAUUCUUUGCCAAAGACCACAUGCUCGCUCCUUUGCCUGAAAUGGCAGCUAGCCCCUGCUGUCACAACUUGGCCUUAAGAACAGGUGGGGCUUCAGUCUGAUGGGAGACAGGAAGAGAGGAGGAAAUUAGGCCAUGAGUUGCACCCUCUCCAGUCUCACUGCCAGAAGGGAAAAUUGGGCUAGUUUGAGUUUCUCAGCCUGCACGAGGCCCUAAGCAGCUUGGAUUGCUUGCAUAUAAUACUCACCCUGCACGGGGACAUAAUUAAAAUUCUCUCUUGCAUCCAAGAUCCUUGGGAAUAUAUCAUGAUACUUUCAAUCAGCUUAAUGACCAUUGUGCUGUGUUGUAGUUAUUCAAUAGGUUCCUACAAAUGAACUAUUUCUCUAUUCUAUAACAUGCUGUCCAUGCAAAGAGGACCAACACCUAAGAAUUCUUAGACCAGGUCUCAGAGAACAUGACUUUAAAGGAAGGCAUUAAGCUCCUGUAACACACCAUUAUACAAUAGCCUACCCACAGCAGAUGUUUCUUCCUAACCCCUGUCAAUUCAUGUCUAGAUUCUGUCCUGAAGCCAGGGCCGGCUCCAGGGGUUUUGCCACCCCAAGCAGCCAAAAAAAAAAAAAAAGCCGUGAUCUGCGGCAAUUCAGCGGGAAGGCCUUCACUCCGAGCGGGAGUGAGGGACCCACCGCCAAAUUGCCGCUGAAUACCUGAAAGUGCUGCCCCUCUCCGGAGUGGCUGCCCCAAGCACCUGCUUGAUAAGCUGGUGCCUAGAGCCGGCCCUGCCUGAAGCAUGAAAGCUUAUAUCUCUUAUAAAUCAUAAUCCUAGCUGGUGUUACUGUAACUUAUUGUGCUGCUUCCAGGUUGACUUCAGAUCUCCUUGCUAACUUGACUUUGUUUGUAAAUGGGCAUCCACUGUGUUAGCUUACAAUGUUUAAUUUACAUCCUGACAGACACAUUUCUUACCUCCUGUCUGGAGGAAACUCUGUUUUCACUUCUGCCUUGAUACAGACUUUAAAAACAUAUUUUCAGUAUAUAUACGUAACUCCUUACAUAGCAUCUGUACAUAUCUUUCACAAUGAUAUUGAUGACCAGUGUGACCCUGCUAUUCAUUUAAGAUCUGACAUUACAUUCUCUGAUGAACUAGAAUGUACAUGCCAGAAUCAAGAUAUUAUUGUAACCCUGUUGCCAGUUGCCAUUAAGAGGUUCUUGAGUCACACACACGCUUUUCUAAACUCAUCAGAAGGUUUUGGAUCUUAGUGGCAACCAUCUUUGUGGUCACGUAGGACUCCAGCUAGAGAUUGUCAAUGUCACUUUUUAAUCAGCCACAGUGAGCAGUGUGUGUGUCAAAAGGCAUUACCUCCCCUCCCAUGAGUCCCUCCGGAGCAGAAUACGUGCUUACCUAUCCUCCUGAGAUGGCAGUGGAGGGAGAGACCAGCAUCAGAAAUUACUGAUCUCCUGAAUUACAACAUAAAGCAUCACCACCAGUGAACUGUAAUUCUUUACAUGCUAAAUGAAAGGAGUUAAUUUACCUCUCAAUUCCUUUACUUCACUUUACAGUGAGGCAUUUUAAUUGAAUAAGCAGAUGCAACAUGUAUUUGCAGGCAAAACAAUAUAUUGCAAACUCUUUGUGGGUUGCAGCACACAGACCACCAACUUCCUGCUACAGCAAGAGAUGUUUCCGAUAAGGAAGAUUAUAGAGAAAGUAGCACACAAUAAUACAAAAGAUCUACUGUGAAAAAAUUCUUAUUCUAUCCACUUUUAUUCCAAUUCAUGAUUUCCAGUUGUUGCUAAACUGAUCAUAUAUAAUGAAACUUUCCCCCCCUAACUUGAAUUAAACCUGUGAAAUAUUAAAAUUCUCCAUUUUUAUUUUUAAUAUUUCUCCAUAGUCUCCUUGUUCAUGUCCUCACAAAGUGGGAGGGAAUGGCUUAGAGACCUAGAUGUCACGUUUGAAAUAGACUCCUUGAAACUACAGGUUUAACACAUGGCAGAGCCAACUCAUCUCUUCAUCCUACUGAGAAAAGGACACAGUAUUCCAGCAGCGGAUGCACCAGCACCAAAUACAGAGAAUCACUGCUUCCCAGGCUAGAGUAUCCUAUCGUGUAAGUGUGGCCUCCAUUCUUUAUUCCUAGAGUCUCUGGCAGCUGCAGGAAACACUUGUUGGAGGAGCAACAUGGUUUUUACUCUCUCCAGAAAUAAAAGCAGCCAAAAAUAUUUAUAUCUGACACACCUCUUCGGGAUGCAAUAUCACAGGUGAAAAGAAUAGCUGAGAGGACAAUAAAGGGGAAGCAUUUUAGAUUCAGGACUCAACAUAAUACAAAUAUAACAAGUCUAGCACCAGUACAUUACAGCUCAACUCUUAUCCACUACAUACUGUGACGCACUAAGCAUAUAAACACGUGCACUGACUCCAAAAAGCAAGAAUCUGCUGAUCAGUGGUUGGAUCAACGGAAUGGAGAACAGCACACAAGCCAGCACUUCUGUCGAGAAAAGAAAUCACCACUGGAGAAGUUACAAAUUGAUUAUUGACCCAGCUCUGAAAAAAGGACAGCAUAAACUCUAUCGUUAUGAUGGGCAAAAUUUUAGCAUGCCUAACUCGGGAAUUGCUCCGGUGGAUUGUGUCAGAGAUCCCAGGAUAGGCAGAAUAUGGACCAAAACCAAGGAGUUGGAGCUUUCUGUUCCCAAAUUCAAGAUUGAUGAGUUUUAUGUGGGGCCAGUGCCUCCCAAGCAGGUAACCUUUGCCAAGUUGAAUGACAACAUCCGUGAAAACUUUCUGACCGACAUGUGCAAGAAAUAUGGUGAAGUGGAAGAAGUAGAGAUUCUCUACAACCCCAAGAAUAAGAAGCACCUGGGCAUUGCCAAAGUGAUCUUUGCCACGGUGAAGGGUGCCAGGGAAGCCGUCCAGCACCUGCACAACACAUCAGUCAUGGGCAACAUCAUCCACGUGGAACUGGAUACAAAAGGUGAAACCCGUAUGCGGUUCUAUGAACUGCUGGUUAAUGGUCUUUACACUCCGCAGACCCUUCCUGUAGGCAAUGAGCAGGAUGUCUCGCCAACUGUGAAUGAAACUCAGCAGUUGACUGAUUCUGUAAAACGUCUGAAAGACAGUAACCUUUCUUCUGCGGGAUCAUCCAUUACCCCAAACAGUAGCACCCCGUUUUCCCAUGAUACAGCCUAUUCCAGCAGUCGGCAAGACACCCCAAACUCAUAUAGCCAGUAUACCCCACAGUCCCAAGGAACCCCACUCACCCCACGACUGGGGACUCCGUUUUCCCAAGAUUCAACCUAUUCCAGUCGUCAAACGACACCAGCUUACCAUUACGGACAGGACUCUGGGUAUAAACCCAGGAGACAUGAAACAAAAUUUACAGAUGCCUACAAUAGACGACCAGGACAUCACUAUGUCCAUAACUCGGCGGGUGUUUACAGAGGGUCAGAACAUCAGUUUAGCACGUUCAAGUCUCAUCAGCAAGAGCCAGUACAAUAUUCUCACACUCCUCCCUUGAGCCACUCUGGUUCUUCAAGUUAUAAAUCUGCCUUCUCUCCAUACCAAGCACCAGCUGUAUUUCCCCCAUCUGAUGAACAGCAGUAUCCCCAAACUUCCAGAGACACUGAGUACGGGAGACCUGCACCACCUCCAGCUGAGAUCUUAGUAGAAAGUAGUGCUGCUACUAAUAUUGAUUUUGUUCCUGUGAAAGAAAAACAGGAGGAACUCCCAUCCUUGCCACAGUCAAACUGUCUUACCGAACAAAGUACAGCAUCCUUCUCUCAGACUCCAGAAAGGAGCGAGACACCUGGCACCCCAACCAUGGAGUCUGAAAUGCAGCAUAACAGUUUAGACUCAAGGAUUGAGAUGCUCUUGAAAGAGCAGAGAACAAAGUUACCUUUUCUCAACGAACAUGAUUCGGACAAUGAGAUCCGAAUGGAAGGUAGCCCUAUCUCUUCUUCCUCCUCCCAGCUUUCUCCUAUCCCAUUGUACGGCUCUAACUCUCAGCCCAGUUACAGAGCUCAAACCCCGUCCUCGCGUCCCUCCAGCACUGGCUUGGAGGACAUUAGUCCAACACCGUUACCAGAUUCUGAUGACGACGAGCCAAUCCCUGGGACAGCUCCUCUGAGUCAGAAUUCAAGAGGAACGUCAGAGGCCAGUAUGACUCCUAUUGAUCAGCUGAGUAGGACAUCCAAAGCUGAGACUUCGGAGACUAAAGAAAUGCUGCCUGGUGACCAGACGCCAACAUCAGAAAAAAUGGAUGAGGGUCAGCAUUCUUCAGGGGAGGACAUGGAAAUAUCUGACGACGAAAUGAAUUCUUCACCAAUCACCAGUGCAGAAUGUGCCAAAACCAUUGUGGUGAACUCCUCUGUUAGCAACUCUGCUGUGAUGACUCAGUCGAUACCCAUGCCCCCACCAGGGUUCCCUCCACUUCCACCCCCACCCCCACCCCAACCAGGCUUUCCAAUGCCGCCACCUCUACCGCCACCACCUCCACCAACUCAUCCAGCUGUCACCGUCCCGCCACCUCCGCUUCCUGCACCACCUGGGGUUCCACCGCCUCAUAUCUUGCCUCCACUUCCUCCAUUCCAUCCUGGCAUGUUUCCUGUCAUGCAAGUGGAUAUGAUAAAUGUCCUGGGCAACCAGUGGGGCGGCAUGCCAAUGUCCUUUCAGAUGCAAACUCAGAUGCUGAGCCGCAUGAUGCAGGGGCAGAACACGUACCAGUACCCACCUUUUAUGGGAAGCCGGAUGCAGUUUGUGAAUCUUCCUCCCUACCGUCCCUUCUCGAUGGGGGCAGCUAUUGGCCGGGGGCAGCAAUGGCCGCCGCUGCCCAAGUUUGACCCCUCAGUCCCACCACCGGGUUAUGUGCCGAAGAAGGAGGAUCCGCACAAGGCUACUGUGGACGGUGUCCUCUUGGUGAUUGUGAAGGAAUUAAAAGCAAUUAUGAAAAGGGACUUGAACCGGAAAAUGGUCGAGGUGGUAGCAUUCAGAGCCUUCGAUGACUGGUGGGACAAGAAAGAACGUCUAGCAAAGGCAUCACUCACUCCAGUGAAGUCUGGCGAAAAUAAAGAUGAGGAAAAACCAAAGCCAAAGGAUCGAAUUACAUCCUGCCUCCUGGAGAACUGGAACAAAGGAGAAGGGCUAGGCUACGAGGGAAUUGGCUUGGGCAUUGGGUUACGAGGGGCCAUUCGGCUGCCAUCUUUCAAGGUGAAGAGAAAGGAGCCACCUGAAGCUGCCUCAGCAGGAGAUCAGAAGAGAAUCAGGCCCUCCACGUCUGUUGAUGAUGAAGAUGAAGAAUCAGAAAGGGACAGAGACAUGUCUGAUGUUACUUCAGACCUGUCUAAGAAGGAUGCAGAAGCAGUAGGCCUCCGAAGGAGACCAGCAAGACCAUUGGAGCUAGACAGUGAGGGGGAGGAAGGAGAUGAGACUUCAGGUAAAGAAGAAGAAUCCUGUUCUGAAAAGGAAGACGAGCAGGAAGAAGAGGGAGGAUUGGUGAAAGCAGCACCUGGCAAGGAGGAAGACGAGGAGGAGGAAGAUGAGGAAGAGGAGGAGGAAGAUGCUGACGAAGAGGAGGAAGAGGAUGAAGAUGAAGAAACGGGAGUAGAAACAAGUGAAAAGGAAGAUGAGCAGGACUCUGAAGAAGAAGAUGUAGUGAGUCCCACAUCUUCCAAAGCCGAAGCUGAAUCAUCUGAUGAAAGUGAGGACUCCUCAGAAUUUGAGUCGAGUUCUGACUCGGAUGAGGAAGAGGAGGAGGAAGAAGAGGAGGAGGAGGAGGAGGAAGAGGUGCCGGCUGAAGACCAAGAUAGAGAAGCCAUGGCUGCUGAAAUAGAGCUUGAAUCUGCUAGUCAUGAACUAGCAGAUGAAGAAAAAGAGACCAUCCUGGAGUUGUUUCCAGUGGAUGACUAUAUGGAAGCAACAAGCCUGGCACUAGAGGCACCCGCUAUGGCAGUAAAAGAGGAAGAGAUGGAAGAAACCAAGCAACGGGAAGAUGAAAGUGGUGAAGUGCCAGAGGAAUCUACUGCUGCUGAAGGUUUGGUGGUCACGGAGAGAGACCAAGAAGUAAACCUAGUGCCGUCUCCUAUAUGCAUAGCAGUGGAAGAGUCUGAACUGGAUAUCGAGCUGGAGCCUAAGGUAUUAGAGGGUCCAAAGCCUGACUCUCAAGAUGAAGAAGAGAAUCUCUGUCUCUCAGCACCAGUGGAGGUAUUUGAAGAACCUCUACCCAGUAAGAGCCGCUUCUUCAGUAAGUCUGAUGAUAGUGACUUAGAAGCCCGAGUUACAGGAAAGCUACUAUCCACAGCAGAGGAGGAGGAGGAGAGACUGCCUUGGACUCCUGGACGGGACAUAGUGGUCCAUUCGGAUUCUGAUACUCCCAUACUUCCAGCUCAUAAGGUGCCACCCUCUACACUUCCUCUUCCAACAACGCCUAGUAAAGAGGAGCCUUUACUCCCUCCAGAAAAUUUCCCUGAACAGUUAACUGUGACCAAAACAGCUCUGGAAGAGGAGCUUCCUAGGACUCCAGGGCGGGAUAUUAUGGCCAAGUCUUCACAUGGCUUUGCAAAGUCACAGAGUACGGACACUAUUCCAGCCACCCCUGGAAGUGAUGCUCCCCUUACGGGAAGCAGCUUGACUUUAAGUUCCCCUCAAGUCCCAGGCAGCCCUUUUUCAUAUCCAUCCCAGUCUCCUGGGAUUAAUAGUGGCAUUCCUCGGACUCCUGGGAGGGAUUUUAAUUUCACGCCUACUUUCCCAGAGCCUGGUGCAACCCUUCCUUGCCUUUUGUCUGGCAAGAAACCAUCCGAAGAUGAGCCAGAUGAGAAAUGUUUUAAAGAACCUCUUAGUGCUUCCCGAACGGUCAGCAUGAACAGUGUUCCCUCCCCAAUUCCCUUUGCUAGCCCUCCAGAAACUGAUUUCCACACAGACAUAGAUUUGCCACCUGACGAGCCAGUAUCUGUAGCAGCCCUGCCAUGUGUGCCAGUGGAUGGAAAGACAUCCAUAGAGGAGAGCAAGGUAGCUGUGAAAUCCAUUUUGCUCUCCCCAGAUGCACCUACUGUGUCUCUUCCUCUCCCUCCUACUCCUUCCUCUCUGCCCACCAAAAGGAAACCAGGCCGGCCGAAACGAUCACCUCCUUCAGUCCUCUCAUUGGAGGCCUACCCCAGCAAAACUUCAGAACCUCCUGCUGUCCCAGUUGCCUUGACUGAAAGUGCUGCGAGCAAAGAGUUGUUGGGCGGGCAUCCUGAUGCUUUUUAUGGACUGAAAGAUCCUGAAGCGGUCACCCUAGACUUCAGGAAUGACAGCUUCCACGAGAAGGUAAUCCCGGAGGCCAUAGCAGAGAAACUUCCGUUUAAGGAACUAGAGAAUCAGUGGAAUGAGGACUUCAAAGAAGAGGAGAUUCACGUGAAACCUAAAAGACAGUGGCGGAGGCAGAAAAAGACACCUGAGGACAUCCCAGUGAUUCCUUCCCCUGAAUAUUCUCCACAUCGCCCCCACUUUCGGCCCCGCUCCGAGUUCGAGGAGAUGACCAUUUUGUAUGAUAUCUGGAAUGGAGGAAUAGAUGAGGAAGAUAUCAAGUUCAUGUGUAUCACGUAUGAUCGCUUGUUACAGCAAGAUAAUGGUAUGGACUGGCUCAACGAUACCCUUUGGGUAUACCAUCCUUCUACUAGCUUUUCUACCCCGAAGAAGAAGAAGCGGGAUGAUGGCAUGCGGGAACAUGUUACUGGUUGUGCACGAAGUGAAGGCUAUUACAAAAUUGAUAAGAAGGACAAACUUAAAUACCUCAAUAAUAGUCGUGCAUUUGCAGAGGAGCCACCAGCUGAUACACAAGGAAUGAGCAUCCCUGCCCAACCUCAUGCUUCCACCCGCGCGGGCUCUGAGAGGAGGUCAGAGCAACGCCGGCUUCUCUCAUCCUUCACUGGUAGCUGUGACAGCGACCUACUCAAAUUUAACCAACUGAAGUUCCGGAAGAAAAAGCUAAAAUUCUGCAAGAGUCACAUUCAUGACUGGGGCCUUUUUGCUAUGGAGCCCAUUGCAGCUGACGAGAUGGUGAUUGAAUAUGUGGGUCAGAACAUCAGACAGGUCAUUGCAGACAUGCGAGAGAAACGAUAUGAGGAUGAAGGCAUUGGGAGCAGUUAUAUGUUCAGGGUCGACCAUGACACCAUCAUUGAUGCAACAAAAUGUGGAAACUUUGCCAGGUUUAUUAAUCAUAGCUGCAAUCCAAAUUGUUAUGCUAAAGUCAUCACCGUGGAGUCUCAGAAGAAGAUUGUCAUCUACUCUAAGCAGCACAUCAAUGUGAAUGAGGAAAUUACUUACGACUACAAGUUUCCGAUCGAGGAUGUAAAGAUCCCAUGUCUGUGCGGCUCUGAGAACUGCAGGGGGACCCUGAACUAAUCCCGAGGCUUCUCGUCACACUUGCACCUUCGGCCAUGUCAGAACUGCAGUAACCAGGUGUGGUUGCACUUUGCCAAAAAAAAGAAAAAAGAAAAAAAGAGAGAGAAGAAAACCAAGCAAGUUUCGCACUUCUGUCAGGAUCACAAGUGAAAGCAAAAAGCGCACAUGCAUAACUAGGACUGUUCACGUUUCAGGUGCUCUUCCUCGUCAGAUCCAACACACACAAAAGGUGAUUACCACUUCGUGGCAUAGUAUAUCCAAACACUAGCUUCUCUCUGUUCAGUCUCUAUAUUAUUGCUCAUCGUACGAUAAUGGUACCUUUUGUUGUUGUUGUUGUUGUUUUUGUUGUAAACCUUUGUCUUUCCAUAAAUGCUGCUACCUUUUUCUCAUCAGUUUGUUGUUUGAAAAAGACAUUCAACGUUUAAAUGUGAAGCAGAGACUGAAAAUGCCAUAAAGGGUUGUUGGGAGCUUGGUUGGCUGAAAUUGCACAGACUUUUCAGAGUAAGCUGUAAAUAAAUGUAUGGUUGAUGUUACAGAGCAAGCCAGAGGCUUGGGUGCGAGAGUGUGUGUGUGUGUGUGUGUGUGUAGGCGCGUGUGUGUGUGUAGGCGCGUGUGAGUAUGCUUGGGUGUGUCUACAGUGAGACUGUAAGUGAACUGUCCUGCCUUUUCCUUAGAGAUGGGCCUGAUCAAUUCCUCUGACCCAAACAUCCUGGAAAGCAGGGGAACAUUCAGCUCUGUAAUGGACCUGAACUUAAUGCCUUAGGCUCACCUCUAAUUUUCACAUGCCAUGCUGGUAUUUUGGGGGGAUCAAUAGCUCUAUUACCAUACAGAAAAAAUAUUUAAUACCACAAUCUGCAUAAUUAAUAAGUUUAAUCAGUUACUUCGUCCUUACUUGCAAAAGGUGGCUUGAUAAAUGGCCUUUUCGGUAUCUACAUUUCUGGUGGAUCUAUUCCUCUUUCAUUCAAAAUACUGAGGCUGAAAUUAAAUGAUCAGUACAGUCAUUGUUUAUGCUGUAGAAAUCUUACUGUCUUUUAAGCAUACACUACUAGAACAGUUCAUAGAAGAUGGCACUGAGAUUUCUUUCCCUGUAAGAAACCAACGGCUGGGUUUCUUUUGUUGUUUAUUUCCAACUUCGCCUCCUGACACACAGCCUCUUUUCCCUCCCUUCCAUGUCUUUUCAUUCAGACUGUUUGCUCUGCACUUGUAUGGGUGAGAUACUUGUUCUACUACUAAAGGGCUAUGUUCUGCCACUCUCACUCACACUGAGCAGUACCUGAAAUUAGUUCCAUUCAUUUCAAUAGGACUAAUUAUGGAGUAAGGCACUGCUCAGAGUGCGUGAGGGUAUCGGAGACUGUCCCAAACUGCGUACAGUAUGAAAAUUGGAUUUUUAAAAAGUUUAACUUCCAAAUAAAAACAUUAUUUUCCUUUUAGAAAAUAUUUGAUCACUGUAAGUGUAGGUUGUAAUGAAAUCCUCGGUUUUAUACUAGGGGUUCCAUUUCAAAUGAGCCAGAAUCCAAUGCAAGUAUUUAUUUUGAUCUGAAAUAUUAUUUGGUAAGCAGAUCAGUCUUUCAAACCGUAUUCAGUUCCCCCUGCUUACAAGUGGAACUUAGUUGUACUAAGCCAUUUUAAAAAACAACAGUUUGUAGAGGGGAAAAUGGUACUGUUAUCCCAGUAACUAAAAAUCUUUUCCCUUUAGAGUAACUUGGACAACUGAGUUCAUACUCUCUUCAGUCUAGUGACGAUUACUGCCUGAUCAUGCUUCAAUGAUCAGAAGUUGGAAUCUUGGAAAUGGGUUUUUUAGGAGUUAUUUAUACUGCAUAUGUAUUUGCCAGGACUGUAUUACAGUAUGUAGCAUGUAAUAUGGGGUCGACUUCUAUAUUUCAUUUCUUUUUCAAGCAAAAGGCCUAGCGGAGCUGGAACAUAUGACUGAUACAAGCUGCCUUAAUAUUAUCUGCAUUUCUAGCUGAGGUUAGUUACAUUGUCCCUGAGAUUGGACAUGCAAUAGUCUCUCCUUUUUAUUUAUUUUGUUUUUGUUUUGGUGAUUUUUUUUUCCCCCAGUAAAUGCUUUCUGAAAAUUUCCUCAACAGUGGGUAUUUGUGACCCAAAGACGUAAAUUUAUUAGAAGCACAAGUGGUUUCUGUCUUUGAGAGCUGGUUAUAACUACAGAUUCGUUGGGGGCGUUUUGGAAUUAAGCCAACUGCUCCUUUACUUGUUUUAAUAUGAUUCUUCCUUUCAUACUGUAUCUCCAGUUGGCAUGUCUAAGGCUUUGGGGACUGCACUAAAGCUUUGUGUUUCAGAACUAAAGUUCUGAAUAUCAAACCCAUAUUCAUUUUUCUGCCUUCUUCCUUUCCAUCCCUUCAAACUACUGUAUCAACAUUGGUUUCUUACAAAUACAUUGUCCAGUUUGCAUGUACAAUAUGUUACCUAUGACACUGAUGACCCCAGUGGAUUGUGAGGGAUGAUAGGGUGGCCACAUGCAAUUGCCUUUGUCUUUAUUAUGGAGAAGCAGCCUAUAGAGACUCUGGCCAAGAUUUAAAAAAUGAGGCUAAUACUAGUUUCCGAGGGUGAAAUUUUCAAAAGGGCUGAAGUACCAUUACCUUCUACGUCACUCUGGCACUUCUGAAAAUGUCAUCCCUAAAUCCCUAUUUAGGCUCUUAAAUAACUACCCUGACUUUCGAAAGUGUUCAGCGCCCAGCUGCUUCCAUGGGGGCAGCUGAGUGCUCAGCGCUUUUGAAAAACCAGGUUACGUAUUUUCAGAGUCUAAAUAUGAGCUUAGAAGCCUGACUUCAUGCUUCCUUGUUUGUUUGUUUGUUUCCCUUCAGAAUCUUGGCUUGCAGGGCCCAGUAUGCAAAGCUUCCAUCUUGAAUUGAGCAGCCUCUGAGUGGGCCAGGAUGGAGUAUUUGAUGGUGGGACUUGUAGUCUCCAAAGGAUGUCUCAGCUGACAUUAAAUGGGCGGCAGCAAUGGCCUCCGUUUUAUGCAUUCUAGUUUUGGCUCCCUCAUUCCUGGCUAGUCACUCACGUGGUCUUGGUUGGGCAAUGUGUGGGCACUCUGUAGAUACAAAUAUGUAUUUGGGCUGCUGUACCAGUUACACAUUUUAUGACUCUUCCUAGUUACGAAGGCUGGUACAAAACCUAAGAUUGUAGAGCAAAAUGGAGAGAACAUAGUGUGGAAGGUAUAGACAUCAGCCCAAGGCUGGCACAGCCUCAUGCCCUGCUAAACGGGGUGUUACCAUAGCCAUUAAAAGCUCAUUGCAAUGUGGGAAGUUUUCAAGGAGGGGAGAAGAACUAAAAUUAAAGCUUGCCAGGCAUUCUUCUUUGGAGGGGUAUUUACAGAAGUAUUUUUCUGUAUUUAAUUGAAGACCACAUCCUUAAUUCUGCUUGGGCUUACAUUAACAACGAACAAAAAGAUUGAAUGUGUUCCCUGUUAAAUUUUCUCCCCUGAAACUGAAUCACUUUAAUGUGUCUGCUAUGUGAAACAAUCCCAGAAAAUAACACAAAAGUUGUUUAAAUGUAGUUGCAAGCCUUAUUAUUGUCCCCAAGCGUGAAUGCGCUGGCUUUAGUUAUGUUUGAAAAUGCCUUAGAAAUCGGUAUAUAUAGUAAGUGCCCUCUCUGCUUGAAAAACCUGCAUGUCCUGCCUGCCUGUUCAUUUAUCUGUCAGUUUCAAACCAAUAUUUUCCAAUUCCAGAACUAUGUUGGGUCCCAUAAGUAAUCUGUAACUAUCAAGGGGUGGGAAGGGGCUCAUCUUGCAGAUAUUUAUAUUGUACAGAACAGCUUAUUUCUACAAGAACAACAUUUUUAAACUCUGACAAUGUAGAAAGUAGAUUCAGCUCUGGUUUUUGUGACCUUUUUCAGGGAUCAUUUCAGUGCAUUUCUAUAUAAAAUAAAAAUUUAAGGAAAAAAGGAUUUUGAAGUUUAAAAAAUGCAUCUUCUGUACGUAGGCAAACUUAAGAAUCUUCUCUUCAGACACUGUUUCUUGUAGAAACAUGUUGAAUUUUUUUGCUGAUUUCUUUGUACUUCAAGAGCAUGUAAAUAAUUUAUUAAAAGUGACUAUUGUAAUUUGGAGUUCUUUUUAAAAAGAAGAUUCCAGCUCUAACUCAUGUCAGGAAGACGGGAGAAGGAGAAGGAAUGCGUAUAGAAAAGGAGCUGGUGGCAUUUACAGCUUGUGUCAAGCUUUGUAUAAUGUAAAUUCUGUAUAAAUUUUUUUUUGUUUUUUUGGUCAAAUAAGUAGAUGAAAUUAGAAGCAUUAAGAAACUGAAGAGAAAAGUAUGCCAAGUGGAGGCUUUUUUUUUUUUUGCCAGUCUGAAAUCUAAUGUGCAAAAUCUAUUUAUUUCAAGCGAGGAAAUAUGUACAGUCUAUUAAUAGACGGCCUAAAAUGUAUUUAAGCAAAUCUGCAUCUGGAUUUUUUCAAUUUAAUGUUUUGUUUUUAUAAAUUUCCUCUUUAAUUGCAAUUGUAAUAUUUGUUCAAGUGAAAAGAAACACAUUUGUAAAGGACACUCUAAUCCAAUCGGCAGUUUUAAAAACAAAACCCAAAAAGCUGCCCUCAUUCCUUGCUGUUUCAUGGGUUCUGUAAACAGGUUGUUUUAAUUCACAGUGUGAAAGUUAAGGGCCUCCUUUAAAAGGAGGCAGGUAAAACGGUUUGCAAUAAAUGAAAAUUCUGCUUUUUUUUUUUAAGUUCUUUUUUUAAAAAUCUCUGCUUUGAAGAUUUAGGAUUUCUGCUUUCUCUUUUGUUAAGCAAAUUUAUAAAUUUAGGGAUGUUUUGUGCAUAUAGAUUCUGUCAUCAGUAUGUAUCUUGUUUUGAAGAAAGUGUUUUGUUGUGGAUGUGUCAUGCUGUAUAUAUUUGUUCAUAUUUUUGUGAAUUGAAUACUAUGUACCAUUGUAUUAUAGUAACUUUUAUAAAGCAAACCAUAAAUAUACUGACUUU